ACGGAAAAGCAAAAUACGGGAGGGAAGAUUUUCUCUCGUCGGUGUGCUGUGGCCUGUGGGCUCGACGGAGUUGUUGUCGUUGCGGCCGGUGUUGAAAAGCUCGAAUCCAAGUUGUUUUUGCUCCCGAACGGAACCCGAUCAGAUCACUCCGGCGAAUAUUUUUACCCCUGGAAAGCAAUAGUUUUCCUUCUUGAUUGGUUUGAUUCUCCUUUUUCUCCCCUGGAAUUUGUUGUUUUAUUCUUUGAUUUAGGUUAUAAGGUGAUCGAAUUCUUCAGGCUUCAGUGCUUGAAGGCGUGUCCUGAUUUUUGGAUACCCUAAUUUGUAGUUUUCCAGCAGCUUUAGGAGAAAGCAAACCCUAAUCAUCUAACCCUACUACUCUUAUAAUGAACUCAUCUACCGCCCAGAUAGCCUCUGAUAUGAUUCAUCCGCCAUGCCUGGUUUCUCCUUCUACGAGUGUUUCUCAAGAGCCAACAGGAAUUGUUCCCCAAGAUUGUUCCCCGUCCAAAGCAGCUCUUGGGGCUACUGGGAAUUCGUCUCUGCCUUUCUUGCAGGAUGCUGCUUGUGAAUCUCAGCGAGAUGGUUCUGAGAGCAGUGAUGGUGGCAGCAAUGCAGUAAAAAAGGUUGUUUGGAACAAGCCAAACGGCGCCUUGGAGGCUGGUCCUGUGAUGGGGGCCUUGUCUUGGCCUGCUCUCUCGGAGUCCACUAAGGCUUCACUGAAAUCUACUUCUUAUGACUCCUUCAAAUCUCCCUCGGAUGCUCCAGCCUCUUUGUCUAAGGGCACUCCUAUUGCUUCAUCAUCUUCUCCUAAGCAUGUUCAUACUCAUAACACAACUUCAAAUUCAACUGCAAACCAUGUUCACACUCGCCACAGAUCUAAUAAGCGUACUGGUGGGAACUCAAGCAAUAGUGCUUUGGCUAACGGCAGUAUAACUCAGCCCCACCCGUUACAUAGUUCAGUGGUGGAGAGUGCACCUCAUAGUGUUGGAAAAUCUAGUGUGGAAUCGUAUUCGAGAGAUAAUGUGCACAAGGAAGGUGGGCAGAUGGGAGGGUUUGGGCCUCAAUCACUUGGUGGGAAUGAGCAGCACUACAUGCGAACAUCACCUAGAAAGGGUGUUAACAGUAGGCCACGCCCUCGAGGGGAUGGAUCUUAUCAUCAAGAACGUGGAAACCAGGAUUGGAAUCAUAAUAGAAGUUUUGCCAGCAGAGAUGCUCAGUUGCACCCGCUGAGGGUGCCUGCUAGGCCCUUCCUACGGGCCCCACCUCCGUCCCCUCCUUUUAUUCCUCCACUUAUUCCUAUGCGUCCCUUGGGCUCUCCUAUGGUUUAUCCUGAAGUUCCUCCUCCAAUGUAUUAUGUACCGGGGCCUCACCCAGAUUCACCAGCAAUGCCCAUGCUGCCUUCUCCCCCACCUGGUGUGCCAAUGUUUUACCAUGUCCCAGAUCCCAUGUUGCUUUCUAAAAUAGUUAACCAGAUAGAUUAUUAUUUCAGUAGUGAAAAUUUAAUUAAAGAUAUGUACUUGCGGAAGGAAAUGGAUGAGCAAGGAUGGGUUCCAGUUAAAUUAAUAGCAGGCUUCAAAAAGGUUACAGAGCUGACUGAUGAUAUACAACUUAUAUUGCAUGCUCUAAGAUCCUCGAGUGUUGUAGAAGUACAGGGGGAAAAACUGAGGGCGCGGAAUGACUGGAGGAGAUGGAUCUUGCCACCGUCUGUACACUACGCUGCCAUUUCAAGUCCUCGAGCAGCUGUCCAAAGUUCUGGUUCAGAUGUGCUCAGGCAGCAUCUACAGAGUGUCAAACUGGAUGACCAUCACAGUAAUGGUGAACCAUAUCUCAGCAGAUCAUCAAUCCCUGCUCAGGGAAUAGCCGCCGGCAGCUCCUCCAGGAACUAAGGGCGGCGCUUUUUUGUCCAUGGGAGUACGUCGACCAAAGAACUGCCAUAAGAUUGAAGGAAACAUGUCAGAAAAAGGGGAAAAAAGAAGGGGAAGAGAGAACAGUUUACUGCCCGGUAAAACCCAAAAAAAAGGUAAUAAAUGAAACACAGAAGAUAAAGAUUUGAAAACGAGUUUGAAGCUGGUUUGACUUGUUGGGAUGUACGCUGCUUCUGGUUUUUGUGUUGAAUUUUUUUACUCUCUUUUUUUUUAACUGUCACUGGCAUUACGAAUUUUACAUUUAUCCAGCUUUUGGUACAUUUACCC